AUGUCUUCAGACCCCCAUAAUGAGAUAUUGGAUGCACCCGAUGGGUCAGCAUUGACGUGGAUCUUUGAUCAUUGCUUGCGUUACGCCGACAGCUACGAAAUCCCUCUUCGUGCCGCAUACGAACUCAACUGCCACCCGUCGAAAAGCCCAAUGUCGCCGUCAUUUAUUCCCCAAUCACCCUCCAUCUUCUCCCGCAAGUCCGUUUGGUCCAAAAACGCUGACUCGAAGUCUUCUUCUGAUGCUCCUUCUUACGACACCAAUGCCGAAUUCCGUGCCUGUUUGUCCAAGACUGUCGCUGAAUUGGCUUCUCAACCUUGCUCGCUUCCUCCGAGCUUCAUCAUUAACUUUGUGCGCCGUUGUUUUUGUCUGGAACUGUCCGAUGUCGACUUUGCCCAGGCUUUAACUGCUCUGGACUACAUUAGAGACCUCCAAGGUCGCUGGAAAAAGGAGACUGAUGCUGCCUUCAACCGACUCAACGUUACUUCUCAUGAUAUGAGCGACCCUCGGCACUCGGAAGUGGCUCGCCGCUUCCCUAACGUGCUGGUCUGGUACAAAGACAUCAGCAACAAGGCACGCAUGAUCGAUUUUCUGUAUACUCAGGUCUAUGUUGGCCUGCGUCGCUGGGUUCUUGUCAAUCAAAUGAUGCUCGAGCCCUUUAACAAAGCCAACUGUCUUGCUCUCCUUAACACUCUAUUCCCGCCUCUUCACCGGGACAGCUCUACCCCUACACAGCAGUUGUCGACAGCCAUUCUUGGAAAUCAUCGUGAUACCUUCUUCAGAUUCAUCACCACCUUCGAGUCUGAUCCUUCAAUCCUGGAGCCGAUCAUGAAGCAAGGCGCUCGACCCGGUGACGAGAAUGGAUGGCCUGCAUUGUAUGACGUCGUUGACCGAUACUUAAAUGCGGCCCUCGAGAUGAUUGACGAGUGUACUUUGAUCAAUGAUCCUAGUCAGAUUAGCAAGUCCGGUGUGCAGCGCCGCACAGACUCGGGUAUCAGCUUCGGUCCCGAUUUCGGCCCCUGUCCUGGUAGCUCCAACUCUUCGGACACCGAAAAGCCUCUUCCCCAAUUUCCCGAACUGAACACCGGCACUAGUAAGCAUGGCUCGUUCCUGGAGCGAUUUGCUUCCUUGUCGGGAUGGGGCAAGAAAAAGGACCCCAAGAAGGAGCAGCAGAAGGAGCGACAGAGGGAGUUUGAGCGCAGUCUGAAGAAGAUGCAGUCCUGCAGAGAAUUCCACAGUCGGGCUAGCAGCACCAAGAGCAAGACAUCGACCAAGUUUAAGGCAACGAUUUCUUUCGAUUUGACUGACGACAAGCGCCGGCGUUUGAUCGAUGAAGCCCAAGCCCGCAAGGCAGUCGACGCGGCCGAGGCAACUCAGAGCAUUGGCCAGGCCAUUUGA